AUGACCGCCACGGCUAGCCACCGUCACGACCGCUGCUCUCUGCGACAGCUCGGAGACGUCUUCCCUUUGGCUGCUGCUCUGCGACGCAAAUCCCUUUUGCGGGAUGGCAAACGAGCGAAACCCAACUUUGAUAAUGCAAAAUUACCAUUUUCGUCGAGUAGUAUCCCACCGUAUAUGCUUGCUUGUUUCCAGAUUUGGAACAUAGGGCACAUAUCAGUUAGUGUGCUUGCAGCGUGUCAUGACUCAUCGUCAGCUCCUGCCGUGAACUCCCGGAGAAAGGAGUCGCAAGUCGCCUGGCGAUGCUGUUGCCGCUGUCAGCCCACCGCCACCGCCUCUCCUAUGUGUGCUCCUCCAACACUGCUGGCAGAUCCAGGAUGUGUUCCCUGCAAGUGUUCGAUUGUCGGCGCAGGUCGCGGCCAGGAGCUCCUCUUCAAGUGCAGCAAGAUUUUUAAUUAA